CAUCCCAUUUGAUCGCAAUGCAACCAAAAACAAUGAAAGUGACAGUUACAGAGAACGCACGACGGCGGCGGCAGCACAAGAGGACCCAUGGCCCGCUUUCACCUCCUCCACUUCCAGACUCUUCCCGAUCGUUACCGACUGCAACCUUCGCCGCUAACCUCUUCGACCUCAUCUACAACAAACGACAAGGGCUGUGCCAAUCAAACCGUCGCCAGUGGCCUCGCCACACUCGCCGCUCUCUCCUGCGCCCUCACAUCCCAAGCCAUCUCCUCCAAGUUCUACCACACCACCGCCUCCUCCGCUGACGGUGGGCCGUCCUUCCUCGGUCUAUUCAAGUGCCACGGUGACCUCUCUGCCUCCGAUUGCUUCUCCCCGGCUGCUACGCCCUUUACCAUGUAUACCGUAUCCAGCUUCCCCCACGACCCCUCACCCAAUUGCUCUACAAAACCUUCGGAUCCAGGAGCAGUGCAAGUGGCGGCAGCAACUUGGAGGCCAGGCCUUCGACCAGCUCUAGGGCGGCGUGGCGGGCGGGGGUUUUCCGCCACCAGCUACGUAUCCGUCUACACUCUGGUACAGUGCGAGGGCAACCUUUCCGCCAGUGACUGCACUGAUUGCGCGAUGCAGGCGGUGGAGCUGCCUCCAGCCAGGUCUACAUCAACAAAUGCUACAUCAAUUACUAUGCCAACGGCAUCAGGCGGCGUUGGAGGUAACAAAUUGCCAUCAUAACUAUAUGGGUUGUCUUGGCGUCCAACUCAAACAGGGAAAAGACAGUGACCAUAGUGGUAGUAGCUACUGCAGCUGCAGGCUUCUUGAUUAUCUGCUUCUUGUUCGCCAGGAGUGUCAUGAAAAAGAUGGUGAUUGAUGAACAAGUAAUAAAUGUAAAGCCAUUUCUU